CGAAUCAAUUCGAGACCGUCAACAUCACUCCUCUCCACGCCAAGUCACUCCACGCGAGAGAUUCGCCAGUCACCGUCGUCACCAAAACACACGCCUGAGAAAUAGCUGACCAACUAUGGACAUACUGCGGAGCGAUGCCGAAUGCGGCGAGUCUGAGAUUGCCAAGUUUUAUGCCAACAAAACCAUCCUUAUCACCGGAGCCACCGGAUUUAUGGGCAAAGUUCUAGUGGAGAAACUUCUACGUAGCUGUGGGGACCUGAACGUCAUCUAUUUGUUGAUACGCACCAAGAAGGGAGUCGAUCCCAGUGUUCGCAAGGAACAGUACUUCAAGUGUGUGAUCUUUAGCAAGCUGCUGGAGAAGAAUCCCGAUAUCGUGGACAAGGUGCGCGUCGUAAAGGGCGAUCUGCUGGAGCCAGACCUUGGCCUGAGCGCCAAUGACACCAACACACUUGCCUCCAACGUCGAGGUGGUGUUCCACUGUGCGGCCAAUGUGCGCUUCGACCAGCCGCUGCGGCCGAUGGUCAUGAUGAAUGUGGUGGGCACCCUGAAGGUACUUCGCCUGGCCGAGCGUAUGAGCCACCUGCAGGCACUGGUCCAUGUGUCCACCUCCUAUUGCCAGUGCAACGAGAGUGUGCUGGAGGAACGCGCCUAUCCGGCUCCACAGAAUCCAUUUUCCAUUAUCGAAAUGGUAGAGACGAUGGACGAUGCUGCGCUCGCAGAGAUAACUCCCAAAUUAUUAAAUGGCUUACCGAACACGUACGCUUACAGCAAGGCACUGUCGGAAGAUUUAAUUUGCAGAUACAACAAUAAGCUGCCCAUAAUCAUCACACGGCCCUCGAUCGUGACGGCCGCUAUCCACGAGCCAUUGCCCGGCUGGAUUGAGGGAGUGAAUGGACCCACUGGCCUCAUGAUUGGUGCCGCACGCGGUGUGAUCCGGUCGAUGCACUGCAACCCGGAAUAUGCCUCCACAGUGAUACCGGUGGACAAGGCCAUCAAUGGCAUGAUCCUGUGCGGCUAUCAGCGGGGCAAGGCCAGCGAAGAGAAGGGUGAGAAGCAAACCGGCGUGGAGUUCUGCAACCUGUGCAUCUCCAGCAAGGCCCUCAUGUCCUGGGGCGAUAGCAUCGAGACGGGACGCCGCUUCUUCUACAAGACGCCACUUAGCUUUGCACUUUGGUAUCCGGGCGGAUCGAUAAAGAAGAACUACUACCAUCACCUCUUCUGCGUGAUUUUCUUUCACUAUCUGCCCGCCUACUUUAUCGACUUUUGGCUGCUCAUCUUCGGUCACAAGCCAUUUUUGGUGAACGUGCAACGCAAGGUAUCGAUGGGCCUAAAGCUGCUGCAGUAUUACACAACCAAGGAGUGGGAGUUCCGGAAUGAGCGCUUUCAGGAGAUGAGUAGUCAGCUGAACAACGUCGACCAGGUCUAUUUCGACACCUCAGUGAGUCAGGUGAACUGGGAAACGUACAUCAGCAACUACAUCGUGGGCAUGCGAACCUACAUUCUGGGCGAGAGCGAGGCCACCCUGCCCCAUGCUCGUAAGGUACUGCGGCGCCUCUACAUCCUGGAUUGGGUGAGCAAGGUGCUGUUCUGGGGCCUGCUCUUCUGGUUCCUGUGGUCCCACUUGGAUGGCUUCGUGGAGCGAAGCGACGCAUUCAUUCGGUCCUCGCUUAGCAACAUUUACCACGACCGAAACAGCACAGUACAUGCAUAACUUCGUUUAUAAUUAUGUUCUUCAAAUAUAGUCCACAAGAUUUUGUUUGUUUUUAAGUAAACUAAA